GCGCACGAGAUAGUUUCUCGUGCGCACGAGAAAGCAUUGGAUGCGUGCGUGUGGUUUGAGGUGUGUGUUAAAAUGGCAGUUCAGGAGUUAAUUCGGCUGUAUUUCCAACUCGGACUUCAUUGUAAGGACAUUGCUGCUUUGCUUGCAAGUCGUCAUCGGUAUAUUGUGUCUGAAAGACAUUUAAAACGAAUUAUGAAGGCAUGUAGUCUGUUUCGGAGCAAAGGAUACACCUCUUUGGAUUGCGUGGUAGAUUUCAUUCAGCAGCAGUUACAAACAAGUGGCCUGCUGUGUGGAUAUAGGUGGAUGUACACUAAAUGCAAGGAGGAUGGAUUACACGUCAAGAAAGAAGAAGUACGCUUAAUUCUUAAAGAACUUGACCCGAGGGGUGUUGAACUCAGAGCAAGGAGACGGCUCCAUCGUCGCAACUAUUUCGCAAAAGGGCCCAAUUAUAUUUGGCACUUUGACUCUUAUGACAAACUGAAACCAUUUGGUAUCUGUAUAAACGGCUGUAUUGACGGAUUCUCCCGGAAAAUUAUCUGGAUGAAUGCAUUUACGACCAGCAGUGACCCAAAAAUCAUUGGAGGCUACUAUAUGGAGGCAGUGAAGAAAUUUGGUGGUUGUCCGAGGAUUGUCAGAGGCGAUCGGGGCACUGAAAAUGUUAAAGUCAGAGACUUUCAGCGUUUUCUCCGUCGCAACAUUGAUGACGGUUCUGGUAUUGACAGCUACAUCGAAGGGGCAAGCACAGCAAAUCAGCGCAUAGAGAGUUGGUGGGGUUUCCUCAGAAGAGAAUCAAUGGAGUUCUAUAUCUCUAUCUUCACUGACCUGAAGGACCGUGGUUUGUUCGGUGGCACAUACUUGGACCGAGGUCUAAUUCAGUUCUGCUUUAUGAGCUUCAUUCAGGAUGAAUUAGACGAGACCAUCAAUGUGUGGGAUGCACAUGUCAUCAGACCAUCAAAGAAUGACAGGGUGCCCAGUGGUCGCCCCCGAAUCAUGUACAUGUUCCCAGAACUCUACACAACUUGUGAUUGCAUUUCCCCAGUGGACAGAGCUGAUGUACAGUUGUGUCAGAGUAACUGCACAUUUCGACCAGCAGUGCCAUGUGACACAGACAUCUACAACAUCUGCAACAUUCUGAUGGCAGAGUCACAGCUGCAUCUUCCAGCUGAUGCUUAUCAGGCAUUGGAUUUGUACCUUCACUUGAGGAAUGAGAUAACAUCAACUCUCUAAUUUGAGAUGGAUUUUUAUUCAGAUUAUUCAGAGCUACAACAUGUCCACACUGACUACACUUGAACAGUGCUAUGCCACAAACAUUAAGAACAUUUUGCAGCAAAACUGAGGUGCAAAUAGGAUUGAUAUGUCACUAUAUGCACACUGACUGCAAAGAGAAACAAGGCAGGACAUGAAAGAGGAAAUGAACAGAACUGAACAACCAUUAGAAAUGUAUUGUACUUGCAUUGAACAUGAACUUGUUUGUUGAAUGAUGACAUAAAUUCUGAACAUUAUUCAGAAUAACAAUUGUAUAAAAGAUGCACAUGAAAAUGUAAUAAUUGUACAAAAAGGGACAUUUACCUAUGAGAACAGACCCUGCUGACUUAUCAAAAUUAUUAAACUGUCUUGUGGAAAAAAAAAUGAAUCUCAAUGUACUAACAAUUUACAGAAAAAAAUAAGAAAAUAAAACAAUUUUAAAAAUGUAAACGGUCUCUGUUUUAAUAAGAACAAUAAAUGAAAAUCUGUAGAAACAGUUUUGCAUCAGACAAAUGCAAAACUCAGUGUAGAAGAUAGAUGUGCUUUCCAUUCACUACACAAUAUCCAUUGUGAAGCAGUCACCAGACAAGACAUUAUCAAAUUCUUUGCGAAACUCAGGGUAUGUGAUGUAAGUGCAUGGUAACUCAAGAACUGCUCCACAUGUGUGUGCUACAGGCCUGCGACUUAAACCACACAAUGUGUUAAAAAUGACUUCAAUUGUGUCUUUGCACAGCACAGUAGAUCCUGUGCAGAAGCGUAAGAAAAUCUCCAAUUUUCUUUGGUCGAUGCUUCUCACAUACCGUAGCAGGUGGUUAAGAGCAGUCUGCUCUUGUGGAUUUAGGCUUUCAAGUGAUGAUUUUAUCAUCUGGGCCACUUUCUUGUUAGUUGGCCUCUUAGAUUCAUAUAUCUCCAUUAUGUUGUCUGUGGUUAUGAGCGUUGGCAUAGCAUUAUGAACACUGGAGUGGAAACAGUCAAUUAUAAACUUUGGCUCUUGAAGAAGAGCUUUGUGGGCCAUUGUUAAAAUAGCAGCCCGUAAAUUGUUUUUAGGGGGCAGGCAGUGUGAUCCCAUUCUGGAGAAGACAUCAAGUAAGUCCUCCUCAACAGUUUCAUCAAUGGUACCCUGUAGUGCUUUUUCAAGCGACACACGCUCAUUUUCUGAAAGAAAUCUGGCAAAUGACAUCAUUAAUAGUUCUUCAUCCACUGAGCUAACUCCUUUACAA